AUGGAAGCACGCAGUCACCACCGAGCCCGGCAACGGAUCAAGAGGGAGCGAGAGGAGAAGGCGCGGCGCGAGGCAGAACAACCAGACUUGUAUAGGCAUCCAAGCCCUUACAAUGUCAACCCAUACUGGGAGGAGGAGAUGAGGAUGGGGCCCAGCCUACCCAAGAAGGGCAAGCCCAAGCCGGCCAGCCAGAGGAAGCUUACCAGUGCCGGGGAGAACAGCAGCUCUGCGACGAGGAGCAGCCUAGCUAUCAACAACCAUAGCCCGCCCGCUGCCAGCAGUACCAACCCACCAAAUGCCGCAGCCAAGGAGAACACUCCACAUACGCCGCCGGAGACGCACGGGAACAGCAGCCCGGUCAUGAUCCCCGAGGACGCUCGGAGUCUGAGCGUGAUGGAGUCGGUGGGAGCGUCCAGUAUCGACGGGUGGAACCACAAGAGAUACCAGCGCGAAGACGAAGAGCUCUGGGGCCACGAGUUCUCUAGGACGGGCCACAAGUUGAUGGAUGCCAUUGUCAAGGCGGGAUCAUCUGCCGGGAAGCUUCUCGAGUCGACCUUGGGCAAGGACAGGCCCAUCACCGACGAGGAGCGGGCCAACUUCUACAGCGCGCCGAUCCACCCGCCCGUCAACGAAUACCACCCUCCGGUCGUGAGCAGCAAGCCGGCACACAAGGACGCCCUCCGGUGGAUGCUCCAACCCCCGCCGCCCGCCAAGGUGAUGGAAGGAAAGGUGCCCGUGACGAGGAGUGCCAGUCUUGCCAGCACGGUGAGCAGGAGGACGGCGCCCAACUCUGAUCUGUCGCUGGGCAGGGUCAUGAGCGAGCGCCUGGUCGAGGCUAAGCGCCGCAAGGGCGAGGUGCCUCCUGUGCCCGUCGACGGCGACAAGCUUUCGGUAGCGCUCGCGCCCGGACGCCCUACCUCGAGGAAGACCACGCAGUCGACCCGGUCGAGAUCUACUAGGUCCCGGGGCCAGCGCAGCAACCGGAGCGCCACCCAGUCGACGACUGAUUCCGAGGAAGAGUCUUCCGAAGGUGCACUGCAGCUCCGGCGGCGGCGGUCGGCGCGGCCGCCUGUCACCCCCGAGGUGGAAUCCGACGAGGGCGACAUCGACGAGGACGAGAUGCCCGUCCCCAAGCCGCCGCCCGUUCCCGAGAUCCGCUCGGCGCAGCGGCCCAAGCUCGAGACGAUCUUGAGCUCUGACGGGACCGGCCGGAGUCUGACGACGAGACGCUCUCGGGCAGACGGCAAGGAGAACGUGCCGGUCCCGAGGACGCCGGAUCAGAGCAGCAGCCGGAACGGACAGGUGCGAUCCGAUUCGACACCGGUCAAGGAGCGACCGUCAGGGGCAUCUAUCGACAGCGGGCUCGCGUUGUCUACAUGA